CGGGACGUCUCCAGGGAAACACGGCUUGGGUGCCAGACGGCAGCAGUGUUCAGCAGUUAGCAAUUCUCGGCAAUCGGGAGAGUACAACUGUGUGCAGUUUUUCAUUGGUGUAGUGAGGUCAACAGUCAUCAGUGCGUCAUAGUAAACAUUGUGCAGAGGUCAGCUGUUUGCAGUGGUCAGCCGGGGUCGAGUGUGUGUACAUCUGUUUCAAACAAGUUUACAACGCUGCACCUUCGAGGAAGUUGAAAUGGCGAACACACCAGCGGAACAAUCACUUGGUCUUAUAAUUCACUGCCAAACUCAGAAUGAUUAUAUUACCGAGGACCAGGUGAAGGCAGCGCUGAGGGCAGACAAGGGCAGCAACGUCCAGCUACUGUCUUGGAUAGUAAAAGAAUUUACUCAGAAAGGUGACAAUUACGGUUGCUUAAUAUUCAGCAUCACUGUGAGUUAUCUGGAAGGAAGCAGCGUGAAGGAGAUCACAUAUAUAGCGAAGUGCAACCCACGUUGGCCGACGCCUGAUUUAAAAAAGAGGUUUCGGAAUCUGUUCGAGAAGGAGGCGGGGUUCUUCGAGCAUCUGGUUCCUCUCCUCAAUGCCAAGCUGGUCAGCGUUGGUGAAGAGUCCCUGAGGACACCGACUUGCUUCUUCAUCAACAUGGUGGAGGACGAGGAGGUAAUCAUCUUCAAUGACUUACGUCGACGAGGUUUCAAGAUGGUUGACCGCAAGAUGGGGCUGGACGCGGCGCACACUCUCCUGGUACUUAGGGAAAUAGGCCGGCUUCACGCUGUGUCUGUUUUAGUCCAGUCAAAAUUAAGAGAAUCAUUAAACGAUAAGUACAAUUUCCUAAUUAAGGAGCUGAAGGAUUCUGAAUAUUUCUUUAUAUUUAUGGAAACAGCCACACUACGCAUGUCUUAUAUCAUGGAGAAAAUAGGUGGCUGCCAAAAUCUUGUUACCUGGGCUAGAGACUUUGCCCCGAAGUGCAGCAACGCUUACUGGGAGCUGACGAGGAGGAGUGACCCGUUUGAUGUUUUGUGCCACGGAGACUGCUGGCUCAACAAUUUCCUUUUCAGGUACAAUGAGUGCGGAGCGCCAGUGGACGUCAUCCUUCUAGACUUCCAACAAUGCUGCCUGACCUCCCCUGGUAUUGACCUCAACUUCUUUAUGUACUCAAGCUUCGACGGUGCCUAUAGGAGGGAUAAUCUACCCACCUUCUUGAAGGCCUACUACGAGUCCUUCUCCUCGGUGCUGGAGGCGGGUGGGAGCGCCCUGCCCUACAGCAGCGAGGAAUUACUUCUGGAGUACCGAAGGAAGAAUCUGUUCGGGUUUUUGACGGGGCUAUAUGUGGUUCCCCUGGCGAUGUGCGUUGACGAGAACGUCACAGACCUGAGCGAGGUAAUGGAUGGAGGCCUCGAAGCCUUCCGGAAGGAAAAGAACGAAAGGUUCAUAAGGCAGCUGGAGAACAACCCGCUGCUCAAGACGCGGCUCAUUUCCCUAUUUGAUGAUUUGAUAGAACACGGCUUAAUCCAAUAGGUCCGUUGCACGGGUGAAAGUGGAUGAGUGAACACAACAUAAUCCACCAGGUAUUUGGGAAGUUUGUCAGAGAAAUCAGACAUUCGGAAAGCAUGGAUGAGGUAUACUAACAAAAAUAUAGUUGAAGAGUGUGCUGAAUAGAGUUUACCCUAACUUGGAGCUUGUGAUGAGGGAGGCUUCCUCUCACAAGGAUGGUGUGAUGAGUGAAGGUUUCUUUCACAAAGAUGGCAACUACCAAAUAAAUUUAAUAUUAAAGAAAAAUUAAACAUGAGUACUAAUUUAUUAUGCACCCCAUACUGUUCAUGUGAGUAGUGGUUUAUUGUGCACCCCAUA